GGGGGAGUUCGGGCUCGUGAAUGUAUGAGGUGCUCGGACGUUAUAUCUUGUUUUGAAAAGCGUCGGUUAGGCUUCAUCUCUUCAUGCCCUCCGCCGACCAACCACAUGAGAAGUCGACGUCCGGAAUAGAUUUAACCACAAAACAAAAGCCCCCCUUUCCUCUCCUCUCUCUCCCUACACCCCCCUCCACCUCCUCCUCCUCUCCUCUCCUCUCCCCCCCCGUGCUAUUUUUUUUAAUCGCUUUCACCUGAAAACCGACGAGGAGAAAAAUGCGUGUGGAUUUGUUUUGGAUAUGUUUGUGGUGUUUCCUUCGUCCCGGUGCCGCCGGUCAAGGGCAGUCGACGGCCGUUUGUUCGCCCUCAUGCAGCUGCGAUGAAGAUGGGGGUGCAGACUGCUCCGGGAGAGGACUCACCACCGUCCCAACCGGGCUCAGAGCUUUCACCUACUACCUUGACCUGAGCAUGAACAACAUCACUGAGCUUCCAGCAUAUGUAUUCAAGAACUUCCCCUAUCUGGAAGAACUACGACUUGCGGGGAAUGACCUGUCAUUCAUCCACCCCGAAGCCCUGUCUGGACUCCAUCAGCUCAAAGUCCUCAUGCUCCAGAAUAAUCAACUCAAGACUGUGCCCAGUGCAGCCCUGAAGAACCUUCAUUCUCUACAGUCUCUUCGCCUGGAUGCGAACCACAUUACUACAGUUCCAGACGACAGUUUUGAAGGCCUUCAGCAGCUGCGCCACCUCUGGUUGGACGAUAACAACCUGACGGAGGUCCCCAUCGGUUCCCUGAGACACCAGGCGAACCUUCAGGCUCUGACGUUGGCGCUCAACCGUAUCUCAUACAUACCAGACAACGCCUUUGCAAACCUCACCAGUCUAGUUGUGCUGCAUCUCCAUAACAACAGAAUUAAGGAGAUAGGAGAUAACUGUUUUGCUGGACUUGUGAACCUGGAGACACUAGAUCUUAACUUCAACAACCUGAUGGUUUUUCCCAAAGCAAUAGAAGCCCUGCCCAAACUCAAGGAACUGGGGUUUCACAGCAACGAUAUUGCUUCCAUACCUGAAGGGGCCUUCCAUAACAACCCUCUGCUGCGAACCAUACAUCUUUAUGACAACCCCCUGUCCUUCGUGGGUGCUUCAGCUUUCCAGAAUCUGUCUGACCUGCACUCCCUGAUGUUGCGCGGGGCCAGCAUGAUGCAGGACUUUCCCAUCCUUACAUGGACUAACAACCUUGAGAGUCUGACCCUGUCGGGAACCAAGAUAUCAUCUAUCCCCGCUGAUCUUUGUGAGGAUCUGAAGUUGCUUCGGACGCUAGACCUGUCUUACAAUGAGAUCAAGGAGCUACCAUCCUUCCAGGGCUGCGUCCAACUGCAGGAGAUAAGCUUUCAGCACAACCAUAUUCAACAAAUCGACAGGGACACUUUCCAAGGUCUCUCUUCUCUCCGUUUACUAGACCUGAGUAGAAAUGAAAUCCGAGUUAUCCACAGAGACGCUUUCCUCACCCUCACCGCACUCACCAACCUAGAUCUCAGUAUGAACUCCCUGACUGUGAUUCCAACAACGGGGCUGAGCGUGCUCAGUCAGUUGAAGCUCUCAGGGAACCCGCAGAUGAAAAAUGUGCUGACUGCGAAAAACCUGCCUAAACUCAGGUCCAUCUCUGUCCCUUAUGCCUACCAGUGCUGUGCAUUUGUUGGAUGUGACUCAAUGACGAGUUCUUCUGAGGAAAACGACGUAAAGAAAUCUACAGGCGGAGAGGAUGUGGAAAGAAUCUCAAUGAUUAUGCAUUGCUCUCCUUCACCAGGAGCCUUCAAGCCUUGUGAGCACCUGCUGGGUAACUGGAUGAUUCGUCUGACAGUCUGGUUCAUCUGCCUGGUGUCGCUGGUCUUUAACAGCCUGGUGCUGGUGGCCACCUUCUCCCCCACACACCGAGCAGCAGGCCAUUUCCACUCCCUCACCCCGUCUCUGUCUCCAGCCAGGCUGCUCAUGGGGCUACUGGCCCUGGCCAACCUGCUCACAGGCCUGUAUGUUGGCGUGCUGACCGUGCUCGACAUCGCUACCUGGGGCUCUUUCGCCGAGUUUGGUGUGUGGUGGGAGAUGGGACCUGGCUGUCAGAUCACAGGAGCUCUAGCCGUCUUCUCGUCAGAGUGGGCCGUCUUGUUACUCUCACUGGCGGCGGUGGAGCGCAGCGUGGCCGUGCGGGCGAUUCUCGGGAAGGUCAUGAUGUCACCCAGGAGGAACGGCGGCAGCCAUCGUGGAUGCUGGAGAGGAGAUCGGCGUUUCACCCUGGCCGCAGGACUGCUGGGGCUGCUGGCUGCUGCUGGAGCCUGCCUGCCUCUCCUGACCUCCAGCGACCAGUCCACCUCCCCUCUCUGCCUGCCCUUUGCCGGUGGUGAGAGUCCAGCUUUGAGUGUUACGGUUGUUCUGGUGCUGCUCAACGCUCUGGCUUACUUGUUCACUGCAGCCGUGUACACCCAGCUGUACUGCCACCUGGGCCGGGUGGAACUGGCAGAUCCAGAGCAGACGGGUGCCCUGCGACACGUAGCCUGGCUCAUCUUCACCAACUGCAUCUUCUUCUGCCCUGUGGCAGCUUUCUCCUUCGCCCCUCUGUUGACUGGCUCUACGGCCGGUGGCCCAGAGAUUGCCAAAUCUGUCACCCUCAUUUUCUUCCCGCUGCCUGCGUGCCUGAACCCAGUGCUGUAUGUGUUCUUCAGCCCGGCCUUCAGGGAGGACUGGCUCAGACUGCGCGGCCGCGGAGGUUUGACCAGGGAGGUGAAGGCCGGCGCCGAAAGUCACAGGGACGAUGGUGGCGGAGGGUCGGAGCUCACGGACGGAGGUUCUUCCACUCACCUGGGCUUUGACUGUGGGGUGUACUCACAGCUUUGUGGAGAGACAGUUGUAUGCGAGCAGUGCGAGGCAGCGCUGCAUGCCAGGACCUGCUCUUCUCCCUCGUCCUCCACAGUCUGUAGACACUUGGUGAAGUCUCACAGCUGUCCCACCCUCCUGGCGGGCGCUGCAGUUUGCCAGCGCGCCGAGGGGUUUUGGGCAGACAGCGGCACACCGUCGGCUCAGUCUGAGUACGCAGACGAGGGGGACUCGUUUGUGUCGGACAGCUCAGACCAGGUUCAGGCCUGUGGCAGAGCCUGCUUCUGUCAGAGCAGAGGCCUUCCUCUGGUACACUACUCAUACAACAUACCUCGAGUCAAGGACUAAGGACGCUUCAGAGCGCCAGUACGUCUGUGUGCACAGAUCUCUCUGUCAUGUGAAUUUAGAUGCUACGAGAAUAUGUAAACAUUUUUAUAUAAAACAAAAUGUGCCAACUACCCUGGUAAAUGACUAUUCAGCAAGCACUUAUGUUUGUAAUUACUGUGUAAACAGAGAUGCAACCAAUCAUUUAAAGGGAACUUGGUAUGCUUUUUGAACUUAGAGACCAUUUCCAAGUGAGCUGAACUGAGCACAUCCUGUUAGAAACUGGUUGACAAAGGAGCUUGCAAAAAUAAGUCUUGCCACCAGUGCCUGCCUCUUGCUUUUGAUUGGUGUACAUGUCAGAAAUGUUGUGAUUUCUCUGUUUCACCUGUACUUAUAAGCUUUUUAAUUUUUAAUUAUCUUGUCAAUGUUUAAAGCUUCGCCACAGAAACUGUUGAUUUUAUACUGUUGAUUUUUUUUUUUUUUUUUUUUUUUACAUAAAUGUAGCAAAUGUAAUAAUCAUCCUAGACUUUUCUGUGUGAAUGUAACUUUCAGGUGGUCUUCACACACCAGAGGGGAAUAAUAUAUCGUCAGCAAUAACUUCUGCCCUACCCGCCUGUGAUCAUAAUCUAUCAGUGUGAGAACGGUAUAAGUAAAUGCCAGUCUAUAAUGAAAAAAACACUUCGAUUUAAGUUACUAAGACUAAGAAUGUGAUAAAAGUAGCAGAUGUCACUGUUUUAGCAACAACUAUGCUUGGUGGUGGUAAAGAUGUUAUUUAUUGUUUGAGCAGCAGGAGUGUCGGGGUGGAGACUAUUUCAGCUGUAUGAACGGUGGCCUUUGAAUGAUGAAUAUACAAUACAGCCCAAGCAUUCACUACAACAACAGCACCUCUUUUAAUUCUUCACAAUACUAGUACACACGUACUUUAGGUCUAGGUCAUUAUUUUCAUUAGUCUGAAAGAUAAUUCCAGUUAUUUUUAAAUCUGGGCCCCUUUUUCUGAGUUUUUGCCAUCAUGCUGUUUUAUUUGGAUCAAACGUCUUUUCUGAACUGCAGAGCUACAUAUUCUGUUUGUCAGUGGGCCAAAAGACACAUCAAACUUAACAAAAUUACAGACAUUUCCUUUUCAGUACAACAACACUUAAAUGAGAACCGCUUUUAUCUGAAGUUUAGAUUAUUUUUGGCUGACAGAACAUUUGUUGACUAAUGUCUUUGUUGAAUAUAUUGUGUUUUUAGCAUAAACUGUUUAAAAUGAGUGCAUCCUGUAAAAGUUUCGAUCAAAAGCAUAAUUCAACAUUUUGGGAAUAUGGAAUAUGCUUAUUUGCAAUACCACUUAUCACAUUUCAGUACACUUACUAUGAAGUUACAGUCAGCAGCUAGUUGUAUGUAUAUAUAUAUGUAUAUAUGUGUAUAUAUAUAUGUAUGGAUUAUGUUCGGACCCUCGGACAAAGUAAGGCUGUUUCAUGUUUCCAGACCUCAUGCUAAGCUACGUUAAGUGGCUGCUGGCUGUAGCACCAUAAUCUGCGUACAGAUAUGACAGCGGUAAACUUUGGUUCUAUUUUGCCCCACAAAUGUAAAUAACUGUAGUUUUAAUAACUGGAAAUACAAAAACUGUAAAUCAAUUAUAUUCACACUAUUUGGACUUGAGGACUAGAGUGAUGGCCGACGUACGUUUCCGGUUGAUUUAAUCGCCAUUAAACAUAAUUUGGCUUGUGAGCAACAGGUUAAACACAUGAAUACCGUCCAAGUUAAACACGUGAACGUAAUCCCACUCUUCCACUUAUUCCAACAUGAUGUAAACGCAGCACAAGACUGGCAGCCAGCUGAGUCAACAAGAACUUGUAUAAGCGGUGCCAAAAUGUAUGAAAUGGACCAUUGUAAUUGAAAUGUGGGUGAUCAUUAUUCAACAACAGAUACUUAAAGACAAGUAUCUGCAGUGUGUUUUUGAAAUUAAAGGAUUUUCUUUUUCUCUGUGUGUGUACGUGUGCAUGCACAUGAGCAGUCUGUGUACCUGUUGAGGUACUUGGAGCUCUACAGCGAAGUCAUUGGCAAAGUUUUGACCAGAAUAUAAAUGGACGUGAUGGUACAAAAAGUCGGAAAAUAAGUCCUGUGUUGAAAAUAAGAGGAAUUAUCUUUAAACUAAUUCACUGCCUCCAGUGUCUUUUCAAUCCAGUUACAUUAUCAGCCAGUGACUCAAACACUCACUUCAGUCUGUACAACCCAGUCCUGUUGUAAAAGGUAAUCAGAGCAUUAUUAUAUUGUAAAGUAUAUUAACGUAGAUCUCGUUUCACCCUGAGAGCUGACCCGAGUGAGACUGAGUGUGACGAGGGAUUGACUGAUGUUUGGUGUGCUGGAGCAUGACUGUACACAUUAAGGUGGAUACACCCUCGGAGCAUGUAUCCACAAGUGCACGUCAUGUGAGUGCUCAGGAAUUUAGGCAAUGUAGGGAAAUGUUUUCUUCCACCAACAAAACACUCGUGUCCUUUAUAAUAAUGCGCCAUUUAAUUUUAAUCUUCUGGACUAUAUUUUCUGUUUUCAUGUAGACGUCGUCUUGACCGGGUGUGAACAUUUUUACACUAACCAAAAUGUCCGUUGAUUGUUUGAGGUGUCUAAUGUCCCAUCUGGUGAAAAUGUACAAAUCUUUUAGUAGUUUGGUUAUUGGUUUUUUGUAUUUGUAUGUAAAUUAUUUGAAAAGUAAACAAGUAAUCAAGAAUGGAAUGCUAACUAAGGAAGCUACCUCCUCGACUGUAGUGGCUGCCAGCAGUGCUUUGUAAAAGAAAAGUCUGUUUUCGUUUGUUAUUCUUUGCCUUCUUGGCUUCAUGUUGACACACGUGGUUGUAUAUCAUUUUAGAUACGUGCAAAUUUGUGGGAGGAAUCUAUGUACUGUAUACUGUGAUUUUUAUUUUUUAUUUUUAACCAAACUAUAAACUAUGAAAUUUUUGUUCUAUCUUUUAUAGAUACAAACUUGCAAAAUAAUACAGAUAAUAAAAGAAUCUCACUUAAUUUCAGUUCAGAUUAAAUCUUAUUUGUAGUUUGCUUUUUGUUUUUCUUAUGUGAGAUCUCCCCAAGUUGUUUUAUUCUGUUCAAGUAGAAAAAUAAUUCUAUAAAUUGUGAAUGAAUAAAAUUGGAAGAACACAA